UCUCAUUCAUUUCGGCGUGAGAUGCGUCCCGACUGACUUCAGACCAUGCUCGUCACAGUGCUUGCGCUGGCCGUCGCGAGCUGGCCGUCGGCCGCCGUGGCCGCCCCGCCCCAGUUGCAGAUGCCGCCCAUGCCGCUGGCCAUGGCCACCCCCUGGUGGGCGCACCUUCACGGUGACAAGUGCAAAAACGAAAGUGCCAUGUUUGUCGAGGAGCUGCACAAAUUGACCUUAUGGGCUGUUCAGAUGUUUGACUCGUCGGCAAAGUUCCCUUCCGGAGUGAUGUACGGUCAGACGUACGCCUUCGGCAAUUACGACGAGUGCAUGAGCCUGUCCAAGUCAGGGUCGCCCGUCCCAGGGCAGUACUGUCUGGCCAGGGUGCAGCUGCGGCCGAGCGACCACUUGCCCUGGGGGUCGGCGGCCGAAGACGACUCGGCCGCCCGCACCUUCCGUGAAUUCAUUUCGGCGCCGAUGCCGCCCAAAGAACACGAGCCACGAAUCCCCAAACACGACGACGAUGACCCCAAUGCAUCCGUCUGGCUCAAAGUGCAGCGGACAAUUACGGACCCAUCAAAGAAGCGCCGAGACGUUUUGCACUGGGGACUGUGCGUUCCUUCCUCGUGCGAUAAAUUGGACGUGGAGGCGCACUUGAGGGCCAUGAUAUCCCCACUGGGCGCAUCUUUGGGCCUCGAAGGCUCCAUAAGAGUGCAGACCUGCGAGAAGGCCGAUACCGAAGAGCCUCUUUCAGUUGCAGCCAUUAUUUUAAUAAUAAUCAUCUGCGUUUCGGUGGCAUUUGUGGCGUUUGGUACCACCUACGAUCUCACGCAUUCCAUCAAAGACGGACGGAAAAACACUAAGUGGAAACCGUCGCGCGGCGAGCAGGUCGUGCUGUGCUUCUCAGUGUAUCGCAAUCUCAAGCGGCUGGUGAGCACCGAGGCUGACGAGCACCACUUGAAGUGCAUGCACGGCAUCAAGCUCUACUCAAUGGCGUGCGUCAUGCUCGGCCACCGGCUCAUGUUUUCCCUCGGCAGCCCCAUCCACAACCCCGAAUUCAUCGAAGGGUACUACGAGCGGCUGGACACGAUGAUUUUGCUCAACGGGUUCAUCAUAGUGGACACGUUUUUCACGAUCAGCGGCUUUCUGGUCUGCUUCCUCCUCUUGACCGCGUACAGCAAGAACGUCAAGGUGCCCAUCCCAGUGCUCUACAUUCAUAGAUACAUCAGAUUAACGCCGGUGUACGCGGUGGUGGUUUGCGUGUACGCCUGUCUGCUGCAGCACCUCGGCUCGGGGCCCAUUUGGAGCGCCAAGGUGGGCCGCGAGGUGACCCGAUGCGCCGACAACUGGUGGGCCAAUCUUUUGUACAUCAACAACUACGUCAACACCGACGCCAUGUGCAUGUUCCAGUCGUGGUACUUGUCCUGCGACAUGCACCUGUUCGUGAUUUCCGUACCGAUCGUCGCGUUGCUGUGGAAGCGACCCACGCUCGGAAAGGCCGUCCUCACCAUGGCCAUCGUCACCUCAAUCCUGGUGCCGUUCGCAGUCACGCUUUUGCAGGAACUGGACGCCCUCUUGCUGCUUUAUAUGAACACGCUGGAGGACCCGAUUUCGAACCAAACGUUCCGCAUGAUGUACGCGCCCACGCACACCCGCGGCAGCCCUUACUUCAUCGGCAUGGCGUUCGGGUACCUCACCUUCCUCGCCAAGCACCAGAAAUUCAAAGUUUCGCAGCGCACCCGACGCAUCUGCUGGUGGAGUUUGUCGGCAUUGCCUGCCGCCUCGAUGUUGUCUGCUUGGAUAUUCUACCUGCCAGGGCGCGAAUACAUCGCGCUUGAGGCGGCUGUCUACGGGGCCUUGCACAGGGUCGGCUGGAGUCUGGGCAUCAGUUGGAUUGUGUUCGCCGUCUGCACGGGCGGCAAAGGUGUGGUGAAUCUCAUGCUGAGCAUGAAGCCCGUGAUUGCCCUGAGCAGACUCACCUACUGCGCCUUCCUCUGCCACGGCGCCCUCCAACUUUACUCCGUCGCCACCAUUCGAGUUCCCGUCUACAUGAGCAUUUUUUCUCUGCUGUGGAUGACGAUGGGUGACAUUCUGAUGGCCUUUUUCGGCGGCGCCCUCCUCUCCCUGCUUUUCGAGUCGCCAUUCCUCGCCCUCGAAAAAAUCCUCCUCAGGAAGAAGAUCAAAGAAACCAUUGGCAAAGCGAGUGCCGAGUUGCCAGAAUGUGACUCUUUAAACCAACCUAUCACUGUUCUUCACCAGGAUGAAACCCACCAAGCAAAGAUCAAUCACGGUUUGCAAGAAGAACCAAUUGAAAUUUACAGAAAAACGGAAUGACAAAUUUUUAAUAUUUUCCUAUUUAAAUUUUACAUACAUUAUUACUUUUUUGGAAACAAUUCAAGUAUCUUUAAAAAUAUAAUUAAAAUUAAGCCACGACAAAUAAUUUGAGCAGGUGUGAAAACCAUUGUCAUAAUAGUCUUUGAAAAUUAUCAUCUCAAGUUAAUUUCGAAAGCUUAAUGUCAAAUGGAAUAAGGACACACAUAUUACUUGGUACAUUUUAAAUUUCCUUUUUCAGAACCUUGAAUAAAUUACUUUCUUGCUAUUGCCAACUUUCAAAUUUUAAAAUAUUUUACAUUUAGAAACUUGAAUUGAUAAAUUGUAUGUCAUAUUCAUUAUAACCAGAGUGCAUUUGUGGACUGCAUUGUGUUUAAGUCUUUGCUUUUGUGAUCUUCUUAAAAAUCAAAACAAUUUCAAACGCUUGAAUUUACACUCUAAGGAUAUCCUUUAAAAUUGUAUGUGUGACCCACCAUAUAAUUUAAAUAAGUAAUAUAAAUGCAAAAGUUUGUGUUGCCAUUAGAUAAAAAACUGAAUGAUAAUUUUGAUGCUUUAUUGGAAUUAGUGAAAGAUUUUAAUUGCGGAACCAAAACUUUUCCAGAAGACUUUACUAAUCUCUUAGGCUGCACUAAAUUUUGUAAACAUUCUAUAUAUUAUGUGUCUAUUUUUAUACAAUUUUAUAUCUUUCUCUCUUCAACUUACCGAUGGGAUAGUAUUGAAGACAAUUUUGUAAAUAAAGUAAA